AUGCGUGUAUCAGCUCUUGGCGAACGAUCACCGCAAUCGUCUUCAGAUUCAAACGAUGUGGGCCAGAUUUCAAUGAACUUAAUGCGUGUAAACGGAGUAAUUGCACCUUUCAAAAGCUUACUUACAAGUUCGACAAAUUUUGGUAGUCCUCUGGUUUCUGCUUUGAGAACGAGCGGUCGAAGUGCCUCAUCGUUACAACUUGCUCGUAUAAACAGUCCUAAAAAACUACAAGCAACUGGCCAACCUCACACUGUAGAAAAUAACUUCUGUAAAAAUACAAGUCGAUUUCAAGUUGAAGUACCAAUUUUUAAUCUUACUGGUAAAUAUUUUUAA